AUGUUUCAUUUUCUUUUUCUUCUUACUUUAUUUCUACAUGUACAAAGUAUUCCUGAGAAUAGCUCAAUUGUUGAACUUCUUCCUGGUUUUGAUGGCCCUCUUCCUUUUUAUCUUGAGACUGGAUACAUUGGAGUUGACAAAUCUGAGGAAGUACAACUAUUUUAUUACUUUGUUAAAUCAGAAUCAGACUCCAAGAAAGAUCCCUUCUUGCUAUGGAUAACGGGAGGGCCCGGUUGCUCAUCCUUCACAGGAUUGGUUUACGAAGUAGGUCCAUUGGCUUUUGGCCAAAAGGCAUACAAUGGAAGCCUACCAAUUCUUGUUUCAAGACCAUAUUCAUGGACAAAGUUUGCAAGCAUACUUUUCUUGGAACAACCUUUAAAUACUGGGUUCUCAUAUGCAACAACUUCAAUGGGGCACAAUUAUACUGAUCUACAAGCAUGCGAUCAGGUCUAUGAAUUUUUACGAAAGUGGUUCAUUUAUCAUCCAAGAUUCAUUUCGAACCCUUUCUAUGUUUCUGGGGACUCAUAUGCAGGCAUUACAGUUCCAGUUGUUGUUCAACUAAUAUCAAAUGGAAUUGAAGCAGGCAAAGAGCCAUUAAUCAACCUCAAGGGCUAUUCACUUGGAAAUCCAAAAACAUUUCCUGAAGAAAUCAAUUACCAAAUUCCUUUCUGUCAUGGUAUGGGGCUAAUAUCUGACGAACUUUAUGAGUCGUUGAAAGAGACUUGCAAAGGCGAAUACCGAAAUAUAAAAUCUACCAAUAGAUUAUGUUCAGAAAACUUUAAAAUGUUUAAGAAGGUAAGAUUUACCUUUUUGUGUCUUGUGAGUGGUAUAUGUAAUGAGCAAAUACUAGAGCCUUUCUGCGGAACAUACGAAGAACCAAACUCGCGCCAAUCGUCAAGUGAAAGAAGGUUUCUUGGAGAGAAUUUCAUCGUUCUAAAACAUGAUGACUUUAUCUAUCGAGGAAUAAGUCGGGUCGCCAUACACAAUCUCUCCGUUCAUUGGGCAAAUGACCCAAGAGUUCAAGAGGCUCUCCAUGUUAGAAAGGGAACUAUAAAAAGACCAUGGGCCAGAUGUAGGCAAAGUAUUGGGGAUAAAAGUUACAUAAUUACUUUCAUGAAUAGUAUACCUUACCAUGUAAACCUUAGUUCAAAAGGUUAUCGAUCACUUAUAUACAGUGGCGAUCAUGAUAUGGUUGUUCCUUUCCAAUCAACGCAAGCAUGGAUAAAGUAUCUAAAUUAUUCUAUUAUUGAUGAUUGGCGUCCAUGGAUGGUUGAUGGAAAAAUUGCAGGUUACACAAGGUCUUUCUCUAAUCAUAUGACAUAUGCAACAGUAAAGGGAGGAGGGCACACAACUUCAGAGGACAAAUGUGAGGAGAGCUUUCAUAUGUUUAAAAGAUGGAUAGCUCAACAACCUUUGUAACCUUUUUAAUUAGUUCAAUAUAUAUUUUUUUGAAUAUCAUGAAAGUAUUAUUCUCUUUAAGUUGAUCCG